AUGGUCCCUGCGGUUCAUGGUCACUUUGCUAUCCUCGCUGGCUUUUCUCUUUCUUUUGCCGCUGUCACGGCACUUAGGCGAUUCAUCAAGAAGCGACAGCAUAACCCUUCUCUUCCUCCUGGCUCAGUGCCGCUCCCACUGUUGGGGAACGUCUUAUCUGUCGACUCUCAGGAGCCUUGGCUGACUUCUACCGAACGGGUUGCUGCGUAUGAUUCUUGUCUAUCUGUUGUGAUGCCAGCGGUAUUUGACUACGAUAUCGGCAUUUUUACAAGCAAUGUUAUGCUUCCGACAUACACUAAUAUCACACAGCUUCAUGUCAGCACUGAGGCAACUUGGAUGGUCUUUGUUUUGGCUAUGGUAUUAUAUCCAGAUUUCCAGAAACGCGCACAAGCGAAAAUCAACUCAGUGGUUGGAAAAGAUCGGUUGCCAACGUUAGAGGACAGAGCAUCACUACCCUACAUUGAUGCAGUUUUGCGAGAGACUUUACGAUGGGGCAUCACACGGAAUGAAAAGCGGUACCCCGACGCAUCUCGUUUCAUACCAGAGAGGCUCAUCGACGUCGAUGGCGCGUUAACAAACGAUGAUCUCGCACAAUACAUUUUCGGCUUUGGCCCGUGGCGGUACACUGCUGAUGCCUUCGUGCGGCCUGCCAUUGUGACUAUGUUGGCCACAUUGGAUAUUUCUUCUGUUAAAGAUGACCAGGGCAAAGUGAUUAGCUUUACUCCCACGUUCAUCACGUGA